GGUGAUACCCUUUUUGGAAGAAAGCCAUAGGGAGGAAGCAAAUAAUAAUAAUAAUAAUAUUAUAGAGAAGAUGAGAGUUGAAAACAAUACUAUGGGAACCAAAGAUUCAUCAUCAUCUUCUUCUUCUUCUUCUUCCUCCAUGGAAAUUAAUUGCUCUCCAUUUCAUUCUCAUUCAAACUUCAGAGGUACAAAAAGGGGUUCUGCAGGCCAAUUAAUGAAGAAUAACACAAAAAGAAGUGGAAGGUAUCAAUUAGGAGAUCAAGAAAGCAAUUUGAUGGCAUUAGGAUCUUCAUCUUCUUCAGCUCCAAAUGAAAUUCCAACCUUCAAUAUUUUCCAUCUCCCCAAAGAAACGAUGGAGGUUCCACAGCAUAGAGAUGGAGGAUGUCCCUCAGAUUACUACAAACUUAACUUCAACUCCUCCUUAUAUGAAUCAAACUCAAACACAAAGGGCAACAGAGAAAUUGCCAUCAGCUCCGGAGCCGGAGCCGAAGCGGAAGCCGAAACCGAAGGCAUCGAUCUGAAUUUGAAGCUGUAAUAGUGUUUGUUUUGAAGGAAUUAAAAAGCCUUGACAAAGAGAGAGUUCAAAGAUGUUUGUGCCGAAAAAUAUAUACAUACAUACACAAUUUAAGGCUCUCAAUUUCCAAUAUUAAUUUAGUUGUAGACUACUUGUAGUUUUAGUAAUUUUAAGUGUAGAGAGCUACAUUUCAGUAGAUGGUUCCAUGUCUUACUUUAGAGUUUCAAGAUUUUUGUAGGGAGUUUUUCCCUAACGAAUUAUAUGCAAGAGCUCAAGUGGUGGGAGCAAACGUGUGUAUAAACGUGUCUACAUUUUUUAGGUUGGAGAUUCAAAUUUACCUUAUUGAUUUAUUGUACUUGUGUCUUAAAGUGGUAGGUAAUAUUUAGACUAAAUAGAUGUCAAUCUCAU